ACAGCUGCUGCUGCUGCUGCCUGGGGGCGCCGAUGGCCUCCGCCAUAAAGCCCAUGGCCCCAGCCGGGGGAGGAGGACUCCCGAGGAGGGCGGCCGAGGAGGAGGAGGAGGAGGAGGAGGAGGAGGAGGAGGAGGAGGAGAAGAAGAAGGAGCUGGAGGAAGAGCCCUCUCGCCCGCCCGCGCUCCACGCAGAUGGAGUUCAACCUGCUCACGGACUCGGAAGCUCACAGCCCCACUCUGUCUCUCUCGGAGUCUGGGACCCCUCAACAUGAGCAUAGCUGCAAGGGGCAAGAACACAGCGACACAGAGAAGUCACAGCAGAACCAGACUGAUGACUCCAAUCCUGAGGAUGGCUCCUUGAAAAAGAAGCAACGCAGGCAAAGAACUCACUUCACCAGCCAACAACUCCAGGAGCUGGAAGCCACUUUCCAGAGGAACCGGUACCCUGACAUGAGUACCCGAGAAGAGAUAGCUGUUUGGACCAAUUUGACUGAAGCAAGAGUCCGGGUGUGGUUUAAGAAUCGCAGAGCAAAAUGGAGGAAGCGAGAAAGAAACCAGCAGGCAGAACUUUGUAAGAACAGCUUUGGAGCCCAGUUCAAUGGAUUGAUGCAGCCUUAUGAUGAGAUGUAUGGUGGCUACUCGUACAACAACUGGGCGACCAAAGGCCUCGCGGCCAGCACUCUAUCAGCCAAGAGCUUCCCCUUCUUCAAUUCCAUGAAUGUCAAUCCUCUCUCAUCGCAGCCCAUGUUCUCAACACCCAGCUCCAUUGGAUCCAUGCCUAUGCCCUCCUCCAUGGUUCCCACAACAGUGACUGGUGUGCCAGGCCCAGGCCUCAACAACCUCAACAGUCCUGGCCUCAGUUCUGCCGUUUCAUCCAGUACCUGUCCUUAUGCAUCCUCGGCCAGCCCUUACAUGUACAGGGACACAUGCAACUCCAGCCUGGCAAGCCUGAGGCUGAAGGCAAAGCAGCAUGCCAACUUCACCUAUCCAGCAGUGCAGACAGCCAGUUCCAGCCUGAGCCCCUGCCAGUACGCUGUGGAUCGGCCAGUAUGAGGGACCAGACCCUCACCCCACCCUUCUUCCAGGAACUUGGCCUUUAGCCCAAGAAUGCCAACCAGACUAAAUUCCAGGAAGGCCCAUUUAGUUAUACAGUUACAAAUGUCUGACAAUCUUUUUUGGUAAAGAGAAUAACAAUUGCUCGCUGAAGGUCCGUUUGGGAAAGAGGAAUGCUGGCCAGGCUCUGAGCUCAUUUUUCAGUCCACCCGUGUAAUGCGAUAGCCUUUCUCUUGCUCCUGCUCCAGCCCACGAACAGGCAACCAGUUCAUGCAACAAUACAGAGGAACCCGGGGAAAAUGGUGCAGCUGCUAACACCACUCAUAAUGUACGUCCGUGUGCGUUUCCUAUUUCUUUGUUAUGUGACUGCUUCCUGCCCUCUUGAAACGCGCAGCGGAGGAUAGAAUGCUGAGCUAGAAACAUCAGCUUUGUGCGACUCAGAUCAUGCAUAUUUAACCAAUGUUUACACUUUAUUGUGAAAUGCCUUAUAGGCACAAUCUUUUGUCUCUUCUUUUUUCUUUGCAGAAUUUGGCAUUUUGUAGCCCGGAAAGGAAGGUUUGCUUCCAGGUAAAGAUGAAAGGUGUGUGAAGGCAGGUGUGAGAGACAUGGGAAGAGUCUGGGGUAAAGCUGAAUGGAAACAUCUGCUGGGGUCCCUCAGGUUCACACUGUUUUCCAAGACUGCCACAGAAGCUGUCAACAUGUGACCGAGAGAGGUACGGAGUUUUGACGUCAGGAAAAAAAUAUCUCCGAAAGUCCCUAAGAUGAUGAUCCUCCAGCUCCAAGAACAUCCCCUUCCAUGGAUGAAGGAUCAAUACAAUUCAUUCCUUCUUUGGUUUCAUGUUGUGCCAAGGUAGGAGUGAAUGAUCAACAUUCACAUAUCACACAGAAUCCUAUCAAUUUCCUUUGGCAAUAAAGAGCUCUUCCAGUCUCCUAGACUAAUUCUAAUUGAUAAAUAAAACCCGAAGAAAUCUCCA